AUGAGACCAGGCCCCGAGUCUAGCUUUCUUGGUCCGCCACCAACCUCUAUUGAGGGCACAUACGACACGUUCCCACAGGACGGUGUAUCCGAUGCUUCUCUCGUAUUCCCGGCCCCAGCAUGGAAGCAGAGUGGACAAAAAUAUCCAUCAGAGUCUGAGACCGACCCAAAAUCGAACCCAAAUUUCCAAUGGGGCUUUUGCAUUGCUUCUGACAAUACAGCUAGUCAAUAUGCUCGUUCGACGAUGUCACGAAACUUGAUCCGCAUCUAUCACGACAGCAUGGAGAAUGCGUUGUCAUGCUGGCUGACAGAGCACAACUGCCCUUACAGCGACUCGAUGAUUGAUGUGCUUCCAUACAGAGAGAUGAAGGAAUGGGGCCCGAAUUGGUCGAACAGGAUGUGUAUGCGGGUCUGUCGAUUGGAUCGCGCGUCGCCCUCAAUACGCGGCAGAGCUUUAACUGCGGAAGAAGAUAAAAUAGCGGCUCGAACGCUUCAUCUAGCAAUCAUGUCGUUUGCCUCACAGUGGACUCAACAUGCACAGAAGGGCCCAGGCGCGUCUGUCCCAGCGGCAAUCGAUAACGAUGAGAAAUCUAUCCGAGAGAAAGUGUGGAACGAAGCACGCCACGCUUUGGAGUGCUCGUUAGGCAUACCGUCUUUCCGUAUCGCGUUCGCGAAUAUCAUUUUCUCAUUAACGCAAAGUCCGUUAGACAGAGGGCAGGAAGGAAGCUUGAGCGAGCUAUUAGAGAAUGAUCGUGCGCCGAUAUUUUUGGAAACCGCUAAUCGCCAACUUUUCACAUUUCGGCACAAGUUCAUGAGACUCCAGCGACAAUCUCCUCCAAAAGUGAGAGAGCUUCGGAGGGAAUCAAUAGGGUCAACAAUGACCGACGUAUUGGAAAUGCCACAGCUGUCGGGGUCUCCGCAGCUCGAUCCAAUUCUGACUAACCAAGAGCAUCGCACUACACUAGGCCUCAUGUUCUGGCUGGGCGUUAUGUUUGAUACGGUGAGUGCUGCGAUGUAUCAACGUCCAUUGAUAGUGUCGGAUGAGGAUAGUCAAAUUGCAUCGGCCUCGCCGUCGAUGAUUGACUCUGAAGACCAGAUUGAUUUUGGCGGCUGGCAUAUUCCAAGAAACGAAAUACGUGAGAAGCAGGAUGUAUGGGGUGAUUUCCUUCUCCGUUCUUCAAUUGAACGUCAGAAAUCGAGCCAAGCCCAGCCAAGGUGGCCAUGCCCCUACGAAGAAGCUGCAUCCGUACUUUCAGAAGCGACUCCUGUCAAAGUUCUGAUCUAUCGUCGGGUCACGCAACUGCAAACUCUGGUUUAUCGAGGCGCUAGUCCCGAUCGUCUUGAAGAUUUCAUCCAGAAGACUCUCCUGGUCUACCAUCACUGGAAUUCCACAUACCGGAGAUUCAUGCUCGACUGUGUUACUAAUCAUGAACAUCUUCCUUCUCGCAUACAGUCAUGGUACGCCAUCCUCGACGGACACUGGCAUUUAGCUGCAAUGCUUUUGGCGGACGCGCUGGAAGGCAUCGACAAAGGGAGGCUCGGGUCUGAUGCUGCGCGUGAGGACCGACAAGCUACAGACUUGGUCGCCACACUCAGGAUGGAUAAUGCGUUUGCAGUUGGCGGACUUGCUCGUGCUUCAAUCCAAGGGCAGCAGCCAAUCCUGCACCAAAAUAUUCAUGAUUCUCUGAACGAAGUUGCUUUCCUGGUCGAACCGUGGACCGCCGUUCUAGUCCAUUCAUUCGCCAAGGCGGGAUAUAUCUCACUAGAAAGUUUGGAUAUAUCUGCAGAUCAAAAUAUGGACGCUGAGUGCUUACGGCAGAAUUGUGAGUUCUGCAUCUGUGCGCUUCAAUACCUUGGAAGAAAGUCUGAUAUGGCUUCUUUGGUGGCUCGAGAAUUGUCGAGAUCUUUGGAAUUGAAACUCGCCCGGGCAUCAUGA